AUGUCCGGCAAUCUGAUAUUAUUGGACGACGCGGUCUUCUCGCCUGGCUUCAGUCCCAGCUCUCUUUGGACCCAUAGUAAUGGACAACUGUGGUAUCAAAACUAUUCCUCUUGGGCAAAGCAUAGCAACGCGAGUACCUCGACAUAUGGAUCCUUCUCAGUUACGUUCGAAGGUGUUUCCAUCGCUUUCACUGGUAACACUCCUGGCACGGCAAACAAACAGAAUUUCUCCGUGUCCAUCGAUGGAGGAGACGCCUAUGUCGCUUCGUACCCCUCUCAGGCGGAGUAUAUACAGUGGUAUAUGUCACCAACAUUGGAAGAAGGCAAUCAUACUAUCACUCUUACAGAGAUGGAUAGUAUCGACGUGGACUAUGCCCUUAUCGGUGUCGGCAAUCAGACAACUGUCCUAAAUAAAGACAUCUUGGUGGAUGACACCAGUGAUAGCAUUGUCUGGACUGGAGACUGGCAGACAAAUACGAGCACCCUGGCGCAUAUCACAAGGGUUUAUGUCGACAACCACCCGCUUGGAAACUCUACGAAGGACAGCACAAUUGUUGGGGACUCUUUUUCUUUCCAGUUUACAGGGACGAACAUAUCUGUGUUCGGGAUUCAGAGGAAUUCUAUAGUCGGAGUCAUCUCUGCUAAUAUCAGCGUAGAUGGAGGGAAAACCACUACUUUCUCUACAACAAGCACGCGUUCUGGUAAUGACUUAGCCAACACGAUGUUCUUUUCUUCUCCAAUCCUCAGCUCUGGAAUUCACACGCUUAUCAUGAACAUCACAGAGGUCACUGGUGACCAGUCGCUGAAGCUAGAUUACCUCACCUAUUCGGACCAGGUGUCCGACGGCGAUAGCUCACCAUCACCUUCAAGUAGUGCCAGUUCUUCCAGCUCGAAUUCGCCUUCUGGUUCCAGCCUGUCGUAUUCACCACCCAAAACGACCAACUCUAAAGGCAUUGUUGGAGGGGCGGUGGGCGGUGUUAUUGCUUUACUCCUGAUAAUAGCAGGCGCUCUGUUUUGGUGGCGACGAAAAAAACGAGCUCAUCAUAAGGCUAAUUUGAUAAGCUUGUCUGAACCGUUUCCCUGUUCGUUCGAUGUCUGUCCCGCAUUUAUCUUUUUUCCGACGCUCACUUUCUUUCAAGACACUCCAGACCAAUCUGCUGGUCGCCAAGCUGAGCCGUCUGUUCCAACGCCCUCCACAACCGAGAAGAAUUUCAAGACUCGACGACAAAGCGGAGGCACGCCAGUUGUGGGAUUCGCAUCGACUGCCGGCUCUUCACAUGUGUCUCCUUCAUCGCCUAUCCUUUCACGACCUCGGUCUGCCUCCGAGAAUCAAGCGGAAACCAGACGCCGACUAGAUGAGAUUAAUAGUUUGAUAGCCCAGAUAGAGCACCCCUCGAACGAAAUGACACAGAUACAGGAGCUGCAGAACCGGAUUGAGAUGUUGACUGAGGAGAACACGAGGUUGAUGGGGGUACCACCUCCGGCGUACGGAGACUGA